GGCUGUGUAGAAUUCCUUCAUAAAAUAAUUAUCCAAUGCAAAUAAAUAUUAAUAUUUUCCAUUAAUAAUAAUACAAAAAUUAAAAAAUAAUUUUAUCACAUCAUGGCAACAUAUAUUAACACAUUAAAACAUUUAUUUGAAUCAUACAAAUUAUGGGUUGCCCAGAAUCCCCAAGUAAUAACUGAUGUUGAAACAACAGCCAAAUGGGUGUCCUACUUCAUUGCUGGACGAAUAUCGAAAUCAUCAAUUGGCACUGAAUUAAUUUAUACUCUCUCCAAUUUGCUUAUAUUAUUUAAUGAUAAAAUAAUUGAAAAAGCUCAUGAGGCAAACAGUGUUGUUGAAAAGUCAGGCUACCGGUUAAAGGUUAUUCUAACUACAUUGGAAUAUUGUGAGGUGCUUUUGGAAACAUCAGCAAGAAGAAUUUAUGGUGAAAAAGUCAGAUGGACAGUUAUUAUAACUAUUCAAACAAUUAAAGCACUUGGAAGAUAUUUGCUUCUUUUUAAAUAUUCCGAAAGCAUCAUUCGAUCGCCCCCAAUUAAGCAAUUAAAUCGCAAAACUAUCCAACAACAAAAACAGUCUGAUUUCGGCCUAAAUGAUGUACAAAAUGGAGUUGUUAAACUGGAACGAUCUGGGCGUGUCAUUCGAAAAGUCGAAGGUGCUCCUCCAUUGCACUUUAGAAAUUGGCAAUCACUACAAAGUGAUGAAACAGCAAAACAAAAAACUGUGGUUUUAUAUCAAGCAGAAGCCUUAUACAUUGCCAAACCAUUUUUACAUUUGUUGUCAACUGGAUUAUUUGGCACAAAGAGUUGGAAGAGUUAUUCCAUGGCAUUAGCUUUGGAUAUUAUGAGCAUUCGUUUAUAUUACAAAAAACAACAUUUAUUGACAAAAGAACAAAGAUUGGAAUUAUCACGGAGAUCGUGUAGUGUGUUGAUGUUCUUGUUAAGAUCACCAUUUUAUGAGGCUGUAAGCAAACGUAAAAUUGAUUGUUUAAUUGAUUUGUUUGCAAAUAGAAUACCAUUUGCCAAAGCUAUUUGUGAACCACUCAAAGAUUACAUUCCACAAUGGCAGGAUACAUAUUUUUAUAUGUGGUCAACAUAGUUUGAUUUAUUAUGUUUGGCGUUAAGUUAAGUGGGUAAUUUUAUAUAUUUGUUGGAUGGGAUUCUGUUGGAAUGGUAACUCUUUAAAAGUUGAGUUAGUUUUUUAUUUUAUUAAAAACGUACCUUAUUUAAAAAAAAAAAACUUUAAAUUGGAUAUUAUAAA